AUGUCGCAACAACCUUCUCAAACCUGGCAGAGCCAACCAUGGAACUAUCAACAGCAAGAGGAAUUGGUACAGCAACAGCAGGAGCAGCUGCAACAAUCAUCGCUCAACCUUUCACAAUUACCUGCUGAUGUGCUUUUCUUUGGUGAUCCGUCAACAUCAGACGGACCGCCGUAUAUAGACGAUUCCAAUCGGGCUGUGCAUGAACAACUGGUUACUGGUUCUAUUCAGCAACAGAAUGACACUCUGUCUACUCGGCAAAACCUGCUUACGCAUCGGCAACAACGUCAACAACGGUGGUUGUCGCAGUACCCGUAUUCGAGACAGCGUGAAGUACAAACACCAAACAAAUCAUUUACGCCGCCGACGCAAUCUGAACAUCAAUUGGACCGACAAAACUCGGUUCAAGACAUGCUUGGAGUUUUUCCGAUUGAGCCAUCAGAGUAUGUCCAAUCACAGGCCUAUCCACCAACGGGCAGUACAAGUAUCUCUCAGUUGCAAACAAACAUUCAGCAAGUGUCUCUACAACAAAGUAACUUUCCAGGAAACGGGUUUCCAGAUAAAUCUUCUCAGAUGGAAACCGACAUGCGAUCUUCACAAUCUCAA